UGACCGUCAAAAUGGUGGUAAAUCGGUGUUAUUUAUGUUAUUAAUUAUUAAUUCAAAGACAAAUGUGCCUCUAAUAAUAGUAGUAACUUUAAUAGUUAAAUGCUAUAAUUUUGUUUGCAUGUUUUAUUGGUAAAAUUAAUUAAAAAUCUUUAUAAAUCAUUGAUUUCGAAUUUACCUCAUAAAUAAUAUUCCUUAUUUCUAUAGUUAUUAGUGCGUUUCGGGUGGUUAUUUAAACGAAGUCAAAUAUUCGAUCUCUUUUUAAAUAAAAUGUCUACGUCCUUGUGUAAGACUUCAGUAUUGCGGAUUUACCAAGAAGUGAUAGAUGAUGUUAUAUCAGGUGUUCGAGAACUGUUCCUAGAAGAUGGGGUGGAUGAGCAAGUGUUACAAGAACUAAAACAAACUUGGGAAACUAAGUUAAUGAGCAGUAAAGCUGUACAGAAUGAGCAGGAAGAAAAAGUUACUAAGGCAGAACAUGUUGCAAGCAAUGGUUUUCCUAAGGUGGUAAAUAAGCUACAAGCGGUAUCACAACAGCCACAGCAACAAUUACAACCACAAAUAUCACAAAUUGUUGAAACCAAAUUAGUACCGAUUCAAAUUACAUUACCUCCUCAACCUGGCACUGACGGAGCUCAGAGGGUACUAACAAUACAAGUACCAGCCACUGCCUUACAAGGAAAUCAGUUGCAUAGGGUUCUAACAGGACCAGUAAUCACUGCAACAAUGGGUUUACCACCAAAUAUUGCCUCAACACUUCUUCAACAGCAUGUCAAUGCAGCCUUUAAUAGUCAACAGCAAGCUGUUACAAGUGUAAUACAAGCUGAUGGUGCAAAGGACGAUGACUCUGAUGAAGAAAUAACCAUAGAAAUAAUUAUGUCAAAUAACGCAAAGAAGCGAAAAGAUUCCAAAGAAAAGAAAACCAAGAAAAAUAAACACAAUCUGAUUCAGACUGAUGGACCUAUGGAUACCUCAGAUGAAGAUGAAGAUGGUUCUGACGAUGACAAUGAUGAUGACGACUUAGAUGAUGAUAAAGAUGAGGACGAUCAGGAAAUGGAAGACGAAGGAGGAGAAGAAGAGCCAUUGAAUUCAGAAGAUGAUGUUACAGACGACGAUCCGACCGAUCUGUUUGAUACUGAUAACAUUGUAGUGUGCCAGUAUGAUAAAAUUAUUAGAAACCGCAACAAAUGGAAGUUCUAUUUAAAAGAUGGUAUAAUGAAUUUAAAUGGUCAGGAUUAUGUCUUCCAAAAAGCAAAUGGCGAUGCUGAGUGGUAAACCGAUCACUAACAAUUACAAAGACUUAUUCGACAAAGCAAAAAUAAAGUUUACUUGCUCGUUAUGUUCUAUUUUUUUUUAGAGCCUCGUCAUAUAUGCAGUUAAUUUAUUUUGUACAUAAGUUGUUCUUUUAAAGUUUCUUGUAUUUGUAUGUUAACAUGUAAUAACCAAUAUAGAAUUUAUUGUGAACCGAGCACAUUUAUCUCUUGGACUUAAAUAAUUGAGAUUCUGCAGAGGAAAUUUAUGAAACCAUGUUAGUUAAGUAUCUACAAAACAAAAUUGUUUUACAAAAAUAUAGUAUUUAUAUUC